ACGACACCAGAAGGCCCCAGCGUAGUGUGUAACGUAACAUUCCAUUGAGAAGAAGAGGGAAAGAUGGCGUCCUCUAACAAUCCUCGCAAAUUUAGCGAAAAAAUCGCUUUGCAUAAUCAAAAACAGGCGGAGGAGACUGCUGCGUUUGAAGAAGUGAUGAAAGACUUGAACGUCACCAGAGCUGCACGAUUGCAGUUACAGAAGACCCAGUAUUUGCAACUAGGGCAGAAUCGUGGACAGUACUAUGGAGGCUCACUGCCCAAUGUCAAUCAGAUUGGAAAUGGCAACAUUGACCUGCCUUUUCAGAACUCGGUGCUGGAUACCAGUCGGACAACUAGGCACCACGGGCUGGUGGAGCGAGUUUACCGUGAACGGAACCGCAUCACGUCUCCUCACCGCCGGCCACUGUCUGUGGACAAACAUGGACGCCAGAUUGACAGCUGUCCGUACAGCUCAGUUUACCUCUCCCCACCGCCAGACACUAGCUGGAGAAGGACAAAUUCGGACUCUGCUUUACACCAGAGUGCCAUGAAUCCAAAGCCCCAGGAUGUGUUUUCAGGGGGAUCACAGGAGCUACAGCCCAAACGAGUGCCUGGGACGGAGAAUUCAGAGUCAAAUACAGACAAGGAUGCGCAGGAACAGUUGUGGGAUGACAAGAAGGAUGAUUCAUCAAAACCCAAUACACGUGAUGUCCCGGGAAUCAAUAUAUUCCCAUCACCAGAUCAGGAGUUGAAUCCCUCCGUGCUCCCAGCUGCACACAACACUGGUGGUUCACUUCCUGAUCUGACCAACAUUCAGUUCCCUCCCCCACUGUCCACCCCGCUGGACCCAGAAGACACUGUGGCCUUCCCCUCCCUCAGCUCGUCCAACAGCACGAGCAGCCUCACCACCAACCUCACCCACCUGGGCAUCAGCGCUGCCAGCCAUGGGAUCCCCACCUCCACUCAGCCCACCAUGACUGUAACGGCACAGCGCCGGCAACCACCCGUGGUGCCACUCACCCUCACCUCUGACCUCCAUCUCCAACAGUCCCCACAGCAGCUUUCACCCACCCUCACCUCACCCGUUAAUAUCACACAGGCCGUGCCAACAGAGCCGCUGACCCUGGAGCAGCAGCUCGCCCAGUACCCCAUUUUCAACCAGCUGACGGCUCAGGCCCAGGCGCAGCUGCUCAGUGACCUCCAGAAGCAGCAGCAAGCCCUGUCCCAGGGUAUCCAGCUCAUCACUUUGCCAACUCUGGCCUCCCCUGGUACAGCCAGUAGCCCCUCCCCAGACAGCCAGAGCCAGACCACUGCCAGCAUCAGUGUGAGCUCGUACCGCAAUCAGACUGGCUCACCAGCCACUCAGUCUCCAACCUCCCCAGUCUCCAAUCAAGGCUUCUCCCCCGGCGGCUCGCCUCAACACAUUCCUGUGGUGGGCAGCAUAUUUGGCGACUCUUUCUAUGAUCAGCAGUUGGCACUGAGGCAGACCAACGCCCUGUCUCACCAGCUGGAGCAGUUCAACAUGAUCGAGAAUCCCAUCAGCUCCACCAGCCUUUACAACCAGUGCUCAACCCUCAACUACACGCAGGCGGCCAUGAUGGGCCUCACCGGGAGCAGCCUACAGGACUCGCAGCAACUCGGCUACAGUAAUCACAGCAACAUCCCAAACAUCAUACUAACAGUCACAGGGGAGUCUCCGCCCAGCCUCUCCAAAGAGCUGACUAACUCUCUGGCGGGUGUUGGUGAUGUCAGUUUCGACGCAGACUCACAGUUUCCUCUCGACGAGCUGAAGAUCGACCCUCUCACCCUGGACGGACUGCACAUGCUCAAUGACCCCGACAUGGUGCUGGCAGACCCUGCCACUGAGGACACGUUCAGGAUGGACAGGCUGUAACGCAAGAAGCUGACUAUGGCCAAGAACAAGAAGAAAAAAACCACACUAACUUGUCAAAGGAGAGAAACAAAGGUCAGGAUGAACCCUCUCCCGCGUUGCAUGGCCGUCCAGCUGUCCAACCUCGCCCUCGACUCCGUGAAGCCCUUUGAAAUGAUGCGCCACCAAAAGACAACAGGGAAAAAGACAUCCAGGGGCUUACCUGGGAAAGGCCUCGCUGUCGUUUUGAAUGAGAUUGGUUGCUCAGCGCUUUCGCUAGCCUGCUGUGUUUACAGUGUACCAUUACAUGCCACAUAUAUUCCAAAAAAAUGCACAUUUGACAUUUCUUUUCCUUUUCGUAUUUACUUUAAAAUUCGUUGAGUUAUUUGCUCGUAGCAGGAAGCUGCAAGGACAUUGGGCUAAAGCGUACCCGUUAAAACGGCUGUCUUCAGAAAAAAAAAAACAAAACAAAAACAAACAAGCGAAAAACAAAAACGUACCACAGCCGGUUUGCUAGUACCCUGCAGUCGAAUGAAUCGGUUUUCCCAUCAUGCCGUAACGGCUUUCUAUUUCACACUCAAAGCUUUAUUUUUUGACAACCAAAUGUUAUUUUCAUCAUGUACUGUAUGUUUUGAUGCUUUAUGUAUUUAUAUGUUUUAUUUAUUUAGUUUAAGAUUUUAUAUUCCAUUUCAUAAUUUAAAUUUGAUGCCAAAAUGCGCUCUGUAGGCAUAGUGUAAAAUUGCACUGAUGUAAUUUGUGUCUAUUUAUUAAUUACUAACAUAUUUAUAUAUAAAUAUAUAUAUGUGUUUGUUACGCUA